AUGGGGAAUUGCCUAGUUCACCAAGAAAAGAUGAUAAAGGUGAUGAGAUCUGAUGGAAAAGUUCUGGAAUAUAAAUCACCCAUCAAAGUGGAGGACGUUUUGUCAGAAUUUUCGGGGCAUUCACUCUCCGAUUCGCUUCCAGAAAUCAGGAAACUGAGGCCGGAUGUUAAACUUGUUGGUGGGAACUUGUACUUUCUAGUACCAAAAGUUGAGAAAAAGAAGGUGAGGUUUUCGGAUCAGAAGGCGGCCGGAGAUGGGCAAGGAACCGCCGGUAUUGUGAGAAUAAAGAUGGUUAUCAGUAAGCAAGAAUUGCAGGAGCUGAUGCAAAAGGGAGGAGUUUCAGUUGAGGAUAUGAUUUCUCAAAAAAAAAAUGAAGCUGAAUACAACCAAGUGUGGAAGCCGGAGUUAGAAAGCAUACCAGAAGUAGACUAG